AACUGCUGUUGCAGAUACAGAUGCUGAGAAAAAAUGGCCGCCGCUGAAUGUACAAACAUAUCAUUAACCGUAUUUUGAUGAGAUUCAGGAGUUGGUUUAACCUGUGUGAUGUGAAUUAUUAAUUGAAAAUCAUGCCAAAGAGGAAGUCGCAAUCCAGCGACGACUUGGACAAUGAUUUGUCUGUACCACUGCCUAUGCAGACAUUUUUCUGGAGACAGACCAGUCCAUUCAUUCGUCCUAAACUGGGAAAGCUAUGUGAUGCUUCAUGUAUAUCAUUUGAAAGAGUUGUGGUUCAGAAUAUUCUUCAUGGACAACCACCAAACUUGUGUGAAGCUAUACAGAGUGUGUCACGCUGGAAAGUUAUACAGGUUGCUUUCCCACAUGUGAUGCAUGCUUGUGCAGCCUUACUCGAGAAUCGUAAACAGAUGCAUCCUGGGGCCAAAUUCUCCAACAGUGAAACCAAAUUACUAUACACGCUUCACUGGAUUAUACUAGAUGCUGCAUCGGAAUGUGAAGACAAUGCGACUAUGUCUGACACUAAAGCUAUCAUCCCACCAGUGUUACUUCACCCUUUAAAGACAGUCCAGCUGUUUGUGUAUCUGUUUGCGCCAUUGGUAAACACACUAGAAGAUUCAGAUUUUCAGUCACUGAAGUUGGAAAAUGGAUUACGGCUGUGGCAGCCUUUAUGGGAUUACCAGCAGCCAGAUGUUCCGUGUUUCUCAACACUGGUGAAACCACAGAGAAACGUACUAAAGGCACAGAGAAAUUUGUUGAAAGUCAACACCAACGCUGCAAACAUUUACGUAGGAAAGGGCACAUCAACAGAGAAUCUACGAUUUGUUUCACCAUUCGAUACAGACAGUGUACAGUCUACAGAAAGUGAAGCAUCGCCAACUAGACUGGCACCACUUGCGAGAAUGAGUGAUAGUGAUUUCUGCUUUAUGUCUCAGUCUCAGUCUGAGUGCCAGUCUGUUUUCUCAGUCUGUGAGUUCUGUAAUAACAUAAAGACGAGUCGAGCCAACGAGGGCCCAGUAGUUUGCAGAUGUGGUAGAAAGAAUAGCUAUGUUGAUGUCGGACCAGAAAAUCGUCACACUGUUUUGGAAAAACUAGGAUCUUUAGACAGAGACUUUCAAAAGCACAGGUUGGCUAGUGCAGCUAUGAGUGGCGUUAAGGGUGGUACUUACGUGGACAUCCUUAGUGCUAGCUAUUUUGAUGUCUCUGUUUUACAGUGUUUGUUUUGUCUGCAGUGGUCUGUUGAUGGUGUUCACUGGGCCUUGAAGUACAUGCAUCAGCGUUUGUUAGAAAUCUCAGAUGAGCUUUUACACAGAGAUAUUCAGGAUCGGGAAAGAAGUAGGUCACUGCCUUUUGCUGAGCCAGUAUUGCUUCGCUGUAAUAGCAUCCCAUUACAACCUUCUAAGUCAAAAGAACCAGUUGUAAUGGGAAUACCUAAGUCUGCAAGCAGUACUUCACAGAAAUUUGCUUCAAUGUCACCUGACUUAUCUACUAUACCUUCUGACUCCGAACCAGCCUCACCAGCAACAAAACCAUUCUUGACUGAACUUCGGCGGGAACCACCGUUCAAGAAAGUGUGUAUGGUAGAACUGAGACAGUACUCAGACAGCACCAAAGCUUAUGUAACCCGUAAACAGUCUCCAUCUAGAUCAGAAACCUCACCAACUAGAAUCACAUUCAGAACCAAACUUGAUCAGUACCCUCUCCCUAGAACUCACAGAGAGUAUUCGAGCAUCUAUAACUGGAAUACAAACAGGGGUAGGGCUUCAGUUGAUAUUUCAUCAAAACCAUCAACUAGUAAGGAAAAAUCUGUGAAAACCAGUCAAAGUUGGGAUACUGACUUAGGGGCCUCUGGCAACAAGUUUGCUACAACACCUUCGCCUGAUCAGGACUCAGAAGCCAGUAGCCAGCAUAGUAGCAAUGAUUCAUCAAGUCUGUCACACACUGGAGAGGCCUUUGUGGGCGGAGCAUCAAGUUUGAGGUUAGGUGCAGCAGGAAAACCAAUCAUUACUAUAACUGCUGACACGCCACAGAGAACAAAACCAACCUGGCCUCAGGUGUUUGAUUUCUCAAAACCAGAGGUAGCCGAGGUGGAGGGAGCUGAAGGCGGAGAGGAACAGGGGGCGGGACUGUCACGUAGUAUGACAGACUCCAACAUUUGUUACCAACAAGAGGAGGAGGUCCAUGAGGUACCAGGAUCAGUUCACUAUAUACAGAAAAAUGGCCAUCUCAACUACAAAGUUAUUCUACAGGCAGUUCAUUUUGUCUCCAAAAACCAGACUGGAGAAAGAAUAUGUGAAGUUUCCUUGAACAUACUGAGUUGCCUACUUGACCUAGAUAUAAUAGAAAGGAAACGUGACAUGGACAAACUGUCAGAACUAGAGAAGAAAUCAGAGGAUGAACAGUCAAUGACAACAGAUAGUGGGAAACCAGAGAUCACAGCUUUUGAUCUAGCUAUGGACAGUGUCAUCAGUAUAUAUAAAUCCCUGGGAUGUCCACAUGGCUGUGGUGAUGGAUUAAGGGGUCGUCAUGGAGAUCUUCUCAGACAGAAAGGGCACAACUGCCUACAGCGGCUCCAGAAGCUGAACGGUCCAUUGUUCAGUAGUUACAUGAAGGACACAGUGAAGGCCCGCCCACUACAGGAAGUGGUCGACUUCUUUCAUGCUUUUCUUGGAUUUUGUGUAGAUCCAGCAUAUCUUUUACAACCUCAGCAAUCUUCAAAGAAAACUAGCACUGUGUCGGCAACAGCUAGUCCAACUUCACAAGCUUCAGGCCACAGAAAGUCAGCAUCACAGGAGGCUCUUGUGAACAAUGGUUUUGCCAACAAUUUUGGCCACAGUAUUGGAGGGGUGGGGUACAGGGGCGUAGAGGGCGUGCUCAUGUCCAACAGUAUGAAGACAUUUAUAUCUAGAUGUGUGGAGAGUACCAAAGAGUUGUACAAUAGUGAUAACAUUAGUUUGUUUUGUGACAUUCGACAGCUGAUCACGUAUUUUAAGGAAAUACACGGCGGAACUUUCCGUAGAGUUGCUCUCAGUGGCCUGUUGGACUCGUACUUCGAUGUGAAAAACAAGGCUGAACAGGUCAAAGAGGUGGCCACACCAGUAUCUCACCCUAUAAGUCGGACAACCUCAGUUACAUCAGAAAGUGGGGAUGAGAGAGAUCCACAGAAGGCCUCAACUUUCAGCAGUAUUGCAACAGAACUGAAGGAUCAUGGGAAAUCUAGAAAAUCUAUAUUCAGAAAGAAACUGAAAAAGCAACUUUUACAGCAGCAACAGUAUGCAGCCAGUGAUUCUGAAAUUAUUGAUGACCUUGUAUUCAAAGGUAGUCCCAGGGCCAGUCUGUCUGCCACGGAGGAUGAAACACCCUCGGGAACUGUCACACCACGCAGGAAGUUCAGCAAAUUUCAUAUUGGUUGGAGGAAACCCAAGUCAGACCACGAAGAAGACAGUCCUAGUGACCAGAGCCCUUUAGACAUGAGUAAAAGUGACAGCAGUUUCCAGCGGCAUGCUCGACGUGGUAAGAUGUCGUUUAAAACAGCCAGCCAGGCCACACUGACAUUUCUCAGUGCUAGGAGAAGGAUUGAGGGUGGACUCAAAAGUCUAGGAAAGAAAGCGCACAAAGCUGACCAAAGUAAAGAUAUAAGACAGAGCCAUGCUGAUCUUACUGAGGAUGCAGACGAUGUUGGUCUGGUGAUGAGAGAGAAGCGAUUGGUAGAUAAGUUUAUCAUUAAAUCUGGAAUGUUACGCUUCAGUUUUCUGCUGGAAUGUUGUCAUCCAGGCACCGUGCCAGAUCCGCAGCUGGUAGCUGCUAUGAUACAACUGGAUGCUCCUGUGUCUGCUAGAGCUACGCUGUUGUUGGAAUGUGCCCACUUUGUUCACCGAUGUAACCAUGGUGACUGGCCUAACUGGAUGCGUCUCAACUUACCAAGUUUUCGGCAUUCUUCAUCUGCCCUUCAUUCACGAGGUCAACCAUCUGGUUAUAGGAGGACACUGAAUCUACAGAAAGCUGCUGGGAGACUCUUUUAUGGUUGGGCGGAGAACUUGGGAUACCAGUUGGAAUAUAUGAUGGCAAAGGAACAGCAGUCACAGCUCAGUCAUGUAGAGGUGAUCUAUGAUGAGAAAAAGAGAAGACAACUCCGUAUAGAAGAUGAUUUUGAAGACUUUCUGGAUGAAAAUACAGUGAAUCCCAAUGGUAACAACUGUCCCUAUGCUUUGAAGAUGUUAGCUUGUCUAGUGCUGGAAGAGAUCACCACAUUCUUGCGAGAGACGUUCCAGUAUCUGCCACGCAAGAAGCACAAGCUUGAGCCAGGCUGGGACAAACAUUUGACCUCCCGUAGAUACAGCAGUAUUAUAUCCAGUCCAGGCCACUCAGAUAAAAGUUCCGAGUCUAAUGUUGGAGAACCUCCACAAAGUUCACCAGGUGGAGCAAUGGGUAGUCCAGGGGACAGAAAGAUAAGUUUUGCUGUACAGAUGGAGAGGUCCGAUUCUCUUAACAGCAGUCAGACUUCACUGUCCAUAGACCCAAUGGCUUCUCCACAUACACCAGUGGAGGAGAGGAAAGGACGUAGACUUGCCCAAGGUCGCCAAAAGUUGUUGAAGCAUUUACGUCGUGGGUCAACACACAAUACCAGUUUCAGUAACAAAAACCGAAGCUUCCGACUUAGGAGACAGGAAGGAGGGAGUAUUAAAUUGUAUGGUAGUAUAAAAUCACGCAAAGUAAGCAGUCAGUCGAUACACUCUGACAGUAAGUUUAUGGAUGGGGAGCCAAGUUCAGAGGAUAUAGAGUCAAUGACAAUCUUCACUGAGGAGGCCCAGGAGGUGGCCACUGAGGACCAGCAAGAGAUAGAGGAUGAACGCAUGUAUCAAAAUAUGCCAUGGAUCAAGGUUGUGAUUCAGCUAUCAAACAUGUCCAACUUUAUCUGUCCCCACCAAGGAUACUGUCAUCCAGACUGCUAUGAGAGGCAGAGGAGAAGUUGUUCCCGGCUUGUUACUGCUGUGAAGAAAAUCUACGAGGCUACAGAAGAGGAACCAGUGAAGGAAUCAGAGAAAAGACUGGAUCAGAGAAGAGAUGUGCUAAAGGAAAAAUACAAAAGAAGGGAAUCUAUUUUUCAGCAAGCAUCUCCUAUCAAGAGAAGGGAGAGCACUCCUCUAUUGGAGAAGAUAAAAACAGAUGUGUCAAUUGUAAAACAGAAACUGACAAACUGGAAGAAACCAGAGAAACCCAAAGAGAAGAAAGAAGACUCGCCCAUGGUCAAAUACAUUAUAUCACAGGCCCAGAAACUCACCCAGUGUCCAUUGAGUAUUCUGACAAAGGCUGCCCCUGUGUUGGCUGAGGAUAAUUUCUCGGAUAUCAUGCCUGUUGCCUGGGAACUGAUGAUGGAGACGGACCAGGAAGUGUCAGCAGCUGCAGCGACCAUGUUUCUGAUAGCAUCAGUAAAGGCAUCAGAGAAAGCACAGACCAUGGUGUUUAAAGAACUUCAACAUGAAGAUCCGGUAGUAAGAACUAAUGCAGUGCUGAGAUUUGGUAUCCUGUGGAAGUUCAGGCAUCAAGUAUGGCCCAGAAUGGAAGAGGGAGCACAGCUUCAUUUCAAGGUUCUUCCUCCUGGCAUAGAUUUUACCCUGCCAUCACCUACCAUAGGACUGCCCGUUCAGCAACCAGUAGACCCACCAUGGAUACCCCACUUCAAGGCAAAGAUUGAGGAAGUCACAGUUAAUCAAGACCAGACUAAAUCUGUGGUUACUGCCACAACCACAAGGCGUAAACAGCAACAGGAAAUGAUCAGAAGAGCUCUUCAGCGUGAGGAGGAGAGAAAGAGGAUUGGACGAGAGACCUUUCCCAUGACAACAGUGUCUGUCACACAGCUGGCGUCAGAACCAUCCUUGCAACAUGCUGGAGAGGAUCAUGAGGAAGCUUUGCAAGAGGAGAUAAAUUUGGCAGCACGUCGCGUGUCUUUUGCUCCAAUGAAUCGUAACAAUGUGACUAGCCGAAGCAUGUCGUGGAGGACCAGCAGUAUGCAUUGGGCACGACUAACAACCUUCGAAGGUGACGAGGAGCGCCAGGAACACGGACAUCAUGUGCAGCUAGCUCAGACUUUCUUCCCAUCAUCCAUCUGUGCUAUUGUAUUACCCAUAAUACAUCUGCUCGAGGAUGGAGAGGUUAGCGACGAUGGUGUAGCAGUAUGUGAAGUAGCAGAGAAGAUUAUCUGGAACUGUCUAGUAGAAGAUCCAGUGCUGUUUAUGAGACAUUUCUUGGAGAAACUCACACACAAGGAUAAACAUGAAGAGUUACUGUUCCUGUUGCGAAAACUUGUCAUGUACUACAGAGAGUUACCUUCCCAAAUGGCUCACUCCCUGUUCAACUAUCUGAUUGGGUACGUGAUGUUUUAUGUUAGAACACCGCAGACAUAUGGACAGGAAGCCAUAGCUGGUGCCCUUGCAUUACUUUGGCAGAUAGUGCCUAGUGUUGAGGGAAUUUACUUCAAAGAUCUGAAACAGACUCUGAAAAAGGAACAAUGUGAUCCAAACAUUAUGAUAUCUGCCAAUGUUCCUAGUGCUAAGAAGAUAAUUGUACAUGGACCAGACCUGACAAGUAUACCAUCACAGUUUCCUGUGCAUGAGGACACCCAGUUCAAUGUGAUCCACCAAGAUAGUUUGGAUUUUUUCAACAUACCUGAGGAUGAACAGAAUUCUUACUUCCUGGUUGAUACCAAAUCGAACCAGAUCCACAACAUGAACUCGUAUGUGAGAGACUUCUACUUCUUCCGACGUAACUUUUACCCUCAGUUGAGUCUCGUACACAUGGAUCCUGAAGAGGCACAGGAAAACCUACAGAAACAAGCAUUCUUACUGAAGUUUGGAGAGAUAGGGAAAGUUCUGUUUACAGUGUCAGUGCUACAGAGUACAAGUUCUCAUCAGCUACAGAAUCACAUCAGUUUCCUACAUGAAGAAUUGGUAAAGCUCCCCUCAUUCCCGAGGAAAGCUCUAGAUGCUGAGUUUAGUUUGUAUGAUGGAAGUCUUGGAAAGGAAUUGUUUGGUCUGGACACAUUACAUAAAUUCUCCUGGGUAAAGUUAAUGGAUAAAAUGUUCUCCCUGAUGACGAGCUCGUUCAACUGGACCCAGGAUCUAUGUUUGUUCCUGAAUGUGAUCAAUGGUUGUAUCAUACUACAUUGUGAAGAUUCUGCUCUGCUUAGAUACAGUCUAGCUACAAUCCUCAACACCUGUAUACACUUCAAACAAAUAUUCUCUAUGAAUGGAUUCCUGAAUGUGAUACCAACAUUACUUAGAACUUACAGCAACCAUCAGCCUAACCCUGUUAUAUGUAAGGCUAUACAGUUUGUGUGUAAACAGCUCUACAUACUUCACAGGAAACCAUUCAUGUUACAGUUGUUUGGAAGCACAUCACCUAUAUUGGAUUUUAAGUCUGCCACCACUGGCCUUAAAGAUACGAGUAAGGUACAGCCAGAUUGCCUGUUUGACUUGCUACUGUCUCUGGAGAAAGAUGUCCCUGAUACAUUGUGUAUACUCGACAUUGUGAAUGGAGAAAAACCUUUCAAAGCUUUGGAUUUUUGUUAUGAGAAUGAGCCUGACACAUUUAACCUGAUAGAUGUAAUAGACAUGUGUGUAACAGUGGUUGUGUACUCACCCGACUCAUUUAGAAGUGUACAGAUGCUUACAACCCUUGAAAUUGUACUACCCCGCUAUCUGGAACAUAUGAAAACUGAGACAAACAAGAAGGAUAACCCUCCAGCAGCAAGGGCAGAAAUCAACAUGAUCAGUAACAUUGGUUGUUCUAUAAGGGCUCUCAUCACUUCAUGUGAUUUCUUCUCAAGGAGUAUGAGUUUACCCCUCCGUCAACUAGAAGCAGAGAAAAGCAGUAUGAAGGACAAGGGUCGAGGUGGCUCUCCUGUAGAGACAAGUGUCUUCUAUGAUGAGAGGGAGGAUUCUACUUGCGGCAGACAUAUGGAGGAAGGAAGAAGUAGAAAAGGUACACACUACGACCAGGAUGACGAAGAUCUGCAGAUGAGGAAUGAUUUCCGAAAACCUCGUGACUGUCUGUUGAAUGUGAUUGCUGAAUUUUACUCUACCUGUCAGCCAAGACUUCGAGAACUGAGAAAAAUACUAGCAGAUCCUUCAUUCCGACCACCAGAGCUUCUCGACCAUAAGUCACAUAAUAGACUGGCAGAGAUUGCUCACACCCUGUUGAAGUUGGCACCCUAUGAUUCAGAAACAAUGAGCUGUGCUGGCAUGCAGAGGUAUAUGACAGAGAUUCUGCCAAUCACAGACUGGUCCCAGGAAGCUGUGAGGCCAGCACUAAACCUGAUACUGAGACGUCUAGACAGACUCUUUAGUAAACUGUCCAAAAACAAGAACAAUCUGAAGAGAAAGUGUGACUGGGAGGCUGCUGCUAAUUUGCUGAAAGGUGUGUUCAUGACGUUGAAAAAGUUCCCGUACAUUGCACAUUUGCCACAUUUAAAGACGCUGAUCAAUGUGCUCAUCACCAUAGUUCUAUCAAGUGGUUUCUCAGACAGUAAGGAGAGCCUGCCGGGCAUGGGUGUGUUCCGGGCGGAGCAAGUACUCCAUUAUACCACCAAUUUCUGUUCUGAGGUUGUCAAACUUGUUGCCAUGCAGAUGCAGGCUUUGGGGGAACAGUUUUCCUUGGAGCAAAUAUGUGGGGGAACAGCUGUUUUUCCAACAAGUGAAAGAUGUAUUAACAUGCUUGUUAACUUUAUACUCCCUCUCUGUGUGAGAGUCGGCUGUGGGAGAAGGGAUACUCCAAAAUUACGACAAGUGGACAUAAACUUUGCUCUACAAGUUGUUCUAAAUGUGUUAAGUCCUCCCACAAAAGCAUCGGGCAGUCAGAAUAGCACAAAGUCAGCGAUGCACCAUCUGUCUAUCUCGGAACAUGGUCGCUGUGGCAGUAUGAGUCACAAUAGUCAUAAACAUUAUGUCAAAUACCAGGGCAAUGAACUUCUCAUUCAUACAGCUUACCUAGGUCUGGAAAUACUGAUGGCAUGUUUUGAUAAACCAUUAUCUCCUGAAUGGCACAGAGUAGCAAAGUGUAUCAUACAGAAUUCACAACUGAGAGUAUGUCUACCACUAUGGAAGUUCCUCGACUUUGUUGUGACUCACAGACCAUCAGUCUUCUUGAUGUUACAGCCCUUCAUACAAUUCAAGAUGAUGCGAGUGAACUGUGAUACAGCCCAGGAAUACUACAUACAGCAGACAAUCAAAGAUAAACUACAAGGCUACAGCUUUACUCAUCCAAAAUGUACUGGCUCUGUGCUAGUGGAGCUAGCCCUUGAGUUAAAGAGCAUUAAAGAGGAGUUUGUAUCAACUGGAGGGGAAUACCGAUCUAGGUCAGCCACCAUGGUAACAGAUAGGUCAGACUUUUCUCAGACCCAGACAGGUCACAGGGCUAGAGUUGAAGUGUCGGAAAUCACCACUGAAAUUAUAGGACCUCCUAAACCUACACUGGCUACAAUAGGGAAAAGGGCAAGCAAAGCCACAAUCUUGUCUCAAGGUAGUUCCAAUACAAGUGCACCAUUUAAGGCUACAGCAAUAACCUCCAGUUUUGAUAGUGGCAGUCCAACCGGUAGGAGAUUGUCCAGUGGACAAAGGAUAUCUGCUAAAGAUGGUACAAGGAUUCUAGAGAAGUUUAAGAAAGCAACUCAAGAUGAUCUGUCUCCGACAGACCAGAUAGUUCCAGAGUUACCGUGCAAGCUUGGACGUCAACCAACUAUUGUAUUUAGGCCUCCUAUGUCAAACCAGAACAGCAUUGAUGAUCAGCACCAUGCUGAAAUACAGUACGAAAAUGAAGUUACUCCUGAACUUCCUGAAGGCCAGGACUUAAACCCAAGGGAACAUCGACUCCAAAGACAGGACGCCAAGAGUAGAAAAACAUUUAAGAUGAAAAGAACAAAAACCAAACCAACAAGUGUAAGACGGUUUAUAACACGCCAAGGUAUGAAUGAUACCAGCGACACUGAGAGUAACAGCACGGAAGGUUCUCCGACCAGGAGCAACACUCUUAGAGCUAAAGGUAUGAAAGAGAAAGAAAAUCUCCGUCUGCAUCGGACAGGAACUGGUACCCAAACACCCAGAUCGGGCUCUCCGUCCCACAUGGCUAAAUCUUCUGAAACAGUUUAUGAGUCAAAAGAAGAUACAAAAAAGCCAAGCCGACCACGCUAUAUACAGCGGUCUAAAUCACAUGAUGACCCACAUGCUGAUAUUCAUGCCCCAUCAGGUACUGCCAGGGGGCGUAUAGCCAGACAAGGUGCUCGAAUAGUCAAAGAUCGAUCCCCGUCUUCAAGUCCGGUACGUCAGCUAAGAGGAGACCAUGGUCCGCUGUCACCUCCACCAAGAGGACGGUCAUUUGACAGUCCAGUUGAAGGUCUGGAUGGCACUGGUUACGGAUCUAUCUUUGGAGCAGAAAGUCCUCCACAAAGUGCACAGUCAGUGCACGAGGAACCAUCUCACUUCAGAUACAGUAUCAGAAAAAGAAAACCCGCACACAUACCAUCCCAGAUUGAUCAGUCAUCAGUGGGUUCUAUUGGAAGUCCUGUUCAAAGCCCUUUUAGUUACAUUAGCCCAACCAACCCACUUAGUCCACCAGCAUACGAUAAGCCAAAACCUCUUGUAACAUCUCCUGACAAGAAGGACCAUAGUCCUCAAAGUUUAGUCCAAUCACGCAUACACAUGUUUACAAUGCCAGAGGAAACAAAAUCAGUCGGUAAGAAAACUCCAAAACCGAAGCCUGAAGAAACAAUCCCAUCUUUAGCUCCGCCUCCUGUUCCUUCAAGACAUCAUCGUUUUGUUAAAUCUUACACAAUUGAUACAGACACCGUAAGCCCCACAAGUCCAACUAGUCCAACAUACUCAAAACCAUUCACCUCUCGAGAGCGACUGAGGCCAUUUAGUCCGACGGACAAGCAAAGAGCCAUAUCAAAACUAUUACACGAUCUUCCUGUUAGUGAGCAAUCAGCCUUUCACGCACCAGCACCAAAAUUCACAUCGUCCAAUGUUAAAAAUACCAAUCCUUUCCUUAGUUCUCCUGAUACCCCACCCAUAGAAACAAAAAUGCCUGCAAAGACUAACAGACAGUCGGAUAUAAACAAACAAACUUAUUUGUCGUCCCGUUGUUCUUCGAAUGAAUCUUUAACAGAGUUCAGUUCAUUAUUAAAGGAUGAUGAGAAGUCCGACUCUAGAUCAUCAGUGUGUAUUUACUUUGACGGGAAAGACAUUCCUGACACACUAGUUUAAUCAAUAUAAACAUACAGUAAUUUGUUGUCAGAGGCUUUUGUUGCACUUGUCUGUUUGCAUAAGUGUACAUUUUUUAGUUAUUUUUCAUAGAAAACAUUUGUUAUUUAUGAUCUGUGUUUAACAUAAAAAAUUAAAGUGAAACUGUUGUCUUUAAAUUGUUUUGAUGUUUGAUCUUUUCGAAGUUUAUGAGAUUACAUUUUUAAAUUGUUUUUGCUGUAAAACUUUGGUUAGGCUGAAGGCAGGGUAACAAAGCAACAGAAACUGAUUUUAAAAAAAUGCAACAAAAGUGAUAAAUGUUAGAAGUUUCCUAAGAAGCAUCAUUGCUAAACAUUCAUAUUGUUGGGGUUUCUUUGUUUGUAGAAUGCGGGUGAGGUUGCAGUGAUUGCAGUUAAUUAUACAUGUAUAUAGUAUUGUGGGGGACAUCUGUGAAUAAUAUUUCCAUGGUAAUGCACUUUGGACUAUUCUAAUGUCCCCUGAGAAGAAGAGUGGGUAUUAUGUUUUUCUGGAUGUUGGUUUGUCAGUCUAUCAGUCAGUACACCAUUUAGUUUCCAAUCAAUAACUUAAGAAUGCGAGGUCUCACAAUGCUCAGACUUGGUAGGAUGAUUGAAUUUGGUCAGUAGGUUAACCAUAUUGGACUUGAUGACUUUGAGACUGAAAACUGUUUCUGCUCAAUACUAAAGAAUGCAUUGGCCUACACUUGACAAACUUAUAGGAUGAUUGAUUGCAGUCAGUAGAUGAUGAAAUUUUUUACUGGUCAGUAUUUCAAAGGUCAAGGUCACAGUGACCUAGACAGAAAAUGGUUUCUGCUCAAUAACUAAAGAAUGCUUUGGCUGACAGUUUUGUUAAGAUUGUUGCCUGUAGAUGAUCCCUGAUGUUUAUUAUAUCAUUUUGUCAAAACUCAAGGUCACAGCAUACAGAAUUACUUAGCCACCUGCAUCAGACAGGUCAUCAUCUGGGGCAUAUAUGUUUUCCAAGCAACUCCUGUUAUUAUUUAUUGUGUUUAUUUUUUAGCUGACAUCAAACUAUGUUAGUAAUGAAUUAGGUGUUUAGAGGGCAGACUAUGCUGGAACAUAGUAAAUAAAUGUUGUAUUGAUUUGACAUUGUAUUUUUAAUUGUAAUAUGUUUAGUUAUUCAGUGAAUUUACUUUGUUUGUGUGAAUAUUAUGACUUGUCUGUGAUGUUGGGUUCAUAUUACAUAGAAAGCAGCGUUUAAUCUACUUCUUACCCAAAUUUAUGACUUUGUUCAAAGAGGAGGUUUAAUGUUGCUGGGUCGAUCUGCCAUUUGGUUUUCAAUUAAGAACUGGAGACUAUCUGUGCCUACAGACCUCUAACAUCAUAGAAUGAUUCUGUGUAGUUAGUUAAAAUCAAGUGCACAGUAACCUUGACAAUGAAAACAGUUUCAGAUAAAUGGUAGGAGAACGUUUGAUGGUACAACCAUUAAACUUAAUUGGAUAAUUGCAUAUGAUCAGUAGACGGACUACAUAGUUUUAGUGGUCAGUAGGGCAGAAUUUAACAUUCGAUUGAAUUCAAGAAUAAAAAUGGUUUCUGAUAAAUUACUGGAGAAGCUUUGACUAACGGUCAACAAACUUUUACAUGAAGAUUACAUCUAUUGUUCCAGGAUCAGUCAAGGUUACGAUGUCCUCAAUAUUGAAAAUUAUUCCGGCUGAUAACCUGGGAGCUUUUUUUUCUGACUGCAUGUAGUCAACGGUCAGUAGGUCUAAGGUCAGAGUUACAGUGACCUUAAGGCUCAGUUGUUUCUGAUCAAUAACUGGAGAACUUAAAUACAAAAAUAUACAUCAUACGAUGAUAUUGCUAGUAAUCCAUUUAUGAGCCCGCCUUCCCAUUUUCCCCAUCUCGGUGCUAUAAAUAACAAAGUUUUAAGUUAAGGUUAUUAUUCCAACUGUAUCAUUUCCUUUCGACCAGAAAUGUCAAUGACAGUAUUAUCAAAACACUGUCACACUGACGUCAUGUCGACCUACUAUUUAGCGCUGCACAUGCGCCAAGAAAUAUUGCUGCCCAAUUUCAUCCAUUUUUUACAUAGAUAAAUAUAAGCAUGAAAAUCAAUAUACAGCAGAACCAUGUUUUGCGAUAUUUAAACACUCCUGGUCAAUUUUAUGUACAUAGAAUAAUUUAGUUGGGGAAAUUAUUACACAAGCAUGUAACAUCUCCAUUGUGUUUAAAGUUAUUAAAACAUGGUUUUGCUGUUUAUUAUUUCUUAAUUAAAACAUCGGAUUCUUGCACUGUGCAGUCUGUCGAAAUGAGAAAUCUGUACCGUCCCUCUCUGAAUAUUUAUACUUUCUUGUAUAUGACCAUAUCGUCUGUUUUAAAAAGUCCAAAACAGUGAAUAUUUACAAAGAACCGAUACUUAAGAACCGUGACCUUGUCAAAACAUUUUCUGUCUUCCUGUUUACAUUAUACAAUCAAAAAUACGUGUCUAUUCAGUUUACUUGUUGAAAUGCUGUGACAUUUGUGAUAUGUAUCUAUAUGUUUGUUUAAUAUAUAGCGAUAUUUUGUUUGUUAAGACUGCUAUAAUUAUUUUAUGUAUACGUUACUUUUUCUUUGAAGAUUUACUUGUUGAAAUAAGUUCAAGACAUGACAGUAACUAAACUGUGAAAUGAGCUAUGCCAUGAGAAAGCCAACAUAGUAGCUUUGCGACCGGCAUGGAUCCAGACCAGCCUGCACAUCCAUGCAGUCUGGUCAGGAUCCAUGCUGUUAACUUUCAAAACCUAUUGCAAUUAGAGAAACUGUUAGCGAACAGCAUGGAUCCUGACCAGACUGCGCGGAUGCUCAGGCUGGUCUGGAUCAAUGCAGGUCGUAAACGCACUAUGCUGGUUUUCUCAUGGCAUGUCUCAAAUACUUCUUUGGGUACGAGAAAAUGUAUGUGUUCAAUUUCAUCUUCGUUUACUUAUAGAAUUGUGAUAAUUUUAUCUGUUUACAAGUAUUUGUAGCUUACAAGUAUUUUUAUUUGUGAAUAAAAUAGAUAAAAAAAGUA